AUGCAGGUCAACUCUGCCAAAGUCGAGAUGGGCGCUCAUCAGUAUGCCAAUGUCAGCGACCCCCUCUCUCACCCUCUGGAUGACGUGCUGGUUAUAAAUCACUAUGUGGUGCGCAGCCUUGAGGAGUUCAAGUUCAAGAUCACCCGCGGCAGCGCCAUGACGAGCGGGUGA